AUGGCUGAAAGACCACAAAAUUGUCCUCUUAAGUAUUAUGUUGUUCCUUCACAGGAGGAACCACACAACAACAUUGUUGCCCCUUCCAUCAACCAAAAUGAUUUCGAGUUGAAACCUUCAAUGUUAUCAGUCGUUCAGCAAAACCAAUUUUUAGGUAGUCCUACAGACGAUCCAAACUUACAUUUGUCAAUGUUUGUGCAAUACGCGGACACAGUGAAAGAAAAUGGUGUCAGUCCCGAAGCAAUUAGACUAUGUCUUUUCCCUUUUUCCUUAAGAGAUAGAGCUAGAGCUUGGAUACAGUCUCUGCCUUCAAACUCUGUAACCACAUGGGACAAGUUGAAGAAAGUCUUCUUAUCCCAAUAUUCCCCACCAAGCAAGACGGAUAUGCUAAGAGCUCAAAUCAACGAAUUUAAGAAAAAAGAUAAUGAAUCUGUUUUCAACGCUUGA